AUGGAUUUCACUCUCUCACUCACUCAUUUCUGCGAGAGCCAUGGGCCCAAAUGCGUGCUUUGCACGCAGGUGCUCCCGCUGGAAUGCGCCACCUGCGUUCCGCCUUCACCUCCUCUCCGUCCGCAACCCUCUACCUCUACCUUCAACAUAUCCGAUCCGGAGCCAGCCUUCGAAGACACCGGACGUGUUCAUACGAUUCCGUCGCUCCGCAAGACAGAUACCAACAUAACCCUCCCUACCGAUUUCUCCGGAGCCUCCACAAAUGUUGACUCGGAAUCAGAUAGCCCCACCAUCGAACGACAUCCGCUAUUCAAGAACCACGACCCUAACACCAGUGUUCCACCACAGUUCCGCUAUGGUCGCGCCCAAGGUGAGACAUGCGCCUCUUGCACAUUCACUGCCCCCGAAUCUGUAGCCAGCAGUCUUCCCUCCGGCGCUCCUGGCAGCCUCAAGUCCGAUGGCAAGAGCAAGAACGGCGCACCUGUUUUCCGUUCGAGAGAAUUUGUCUGUUUAGGGACAUCCCCCAACAGCGCUGGGCCUCAAGACUCAGCAGCGGGCGGUAGCAGCAAUGGUACAAGCUAUCCUCCAUCGUCCUACGCUUCCUCCACCCACCCGGAGCAAUGCCACGACCAUACAAUGACAUAUCUUACGGCCAAAUCACCCUCAGACCCAGACACCUAUUCGUACCUGCGAGCCUCAGUCAUUCGCACGCUUUCCUGCGAGCUCCUCCCACGUGGUAUGUCCGAUGGACCUCUGUGUUUUGGCGAUGCUACGCAAGGUUACACCAUUGCCUACGUCUUUCGCUUGACGGAUCCAAAGGCACGUGGCAGGAGGCGAUGCUAUGCAUUCUUGGCCCUUGCUGGAAAAGACGCUAAGAGGGCAUUCCGUGCAGCACCAAUGCUGUGGGAAGCGUUCGCAAGUAUGAGCAGAGGAAUCGAGGGGGCCGCAAUGAGGGCCGCUGAGGAGAAAGAGCGCAAAGAAGAAGAGGAACGGCAACAAGGGGUGGGCCGUCAGCCAGGUCGCGCCCCUCGGGAAAGCCCAAAGAGCGAGAAAGUCGCGUAUACACCCGUCUCGUCCUUCCUAACACGAAGGGCAAUGGAUCCUGACGGCACCAUCAGACGCAUGGGCCAAACAAGUCCACGGAGUCUCGCCGAUAUUGUGGGUGAUGAGACUAUUUUUGCGAUCCUACAUCAAUAUUUCGUUGCCCUUUUGCGCUGCCUGGGAGACAGGUUUGGUGGGAUCCCCCUGGCAGACCGAGAAGCCGUCUAUCAGACUAUGGCCGACGCUGCCGGCCUAGGUGGUGAGAAGUCACCGAGUCGGGUUCAUCAUGAACGGGUGCGCUCGCGACAAACAGAGACUGCAGAACCGUAUUCUUUGCGCGAGGAAGAUAGCACUCCAAAACCUGAGCCUGCAAAGACGCUCAAGAUCAGGCCAAGCAAGGAACGCCCACGACAAAGAGAAGAGACCGAAGAAGCAGAGGUCGAGGAUGAAAUCGACAAGGCGAAGAAGCGUCUUAGCAAGACGCUGAGUCUGGGCAGCACAGGACAAUGCGCGCCUCUGCACGUCACGCAGGCUGCGGCUAGGGGACAAGUCCAAGUCGCGCCAACGAGUUCGCGGCAGGUCACCGUCUGA